AUGAUUAUUUUAAUUUAUAAAGAAGCUCUUGGUAAUAAAUUUAGAGAUUUGUGUAAUAGUGUUAUACCAAAAUAUGAUAUAUUAUUAUUACGUAAUGAAUUUUUCGAUAUUAAAGGAACUCCAAAAUCUUAUUUGGAUUUAAUGAUAAAAUGUUGGGAUAAUUCGCCUAUUAAAGAAAUUAUUAAUAUUAUUGAAAAUUGA